GCAGAAAUUUUAAACUGCACUUCAGAUAAUUGCCGGAAAUAGAAAGUAUAAGCGACACAGAAGCUCAACACUAUAUUUCUAAAUGUAAUUGAUUGGUGUUGAUUUGUAUGAAACCAUUUUGUCCGGGGGAGCAUUUGGGCUUACAGAGCUAGGCGCGACUAACACGCACUGCCCAGUGGCGACACUUAAUCUGAAUGAAAUAUGCAGAUUAACCGCACACUGUGAGACUAAUGAUGAUGGGCGUGUCUUUCAGAUCUCCGGGAUGCCUGGCGUGGUCCCCGCCCUCAUCCGACCCCUGGCAGACCUGACCCUGCACCGCUCCCCGCCCCCGCGGACGCCCGCACGUCCGCCUUCGACGCCCGCGCCCUUCCCCUGGAGCACCAUGCGCCUCAAGCAGACUCUGCACCGCACGGCGAGCCUCCCUGAGGGCCGCCGCAUGCCCGCGCGGGGGGAUCCGCGGAGGCGCACGAUAGGGACCUGCAGGCAGUCCUCCGUCAGGUCGCGCAUGUCGGCCUCCAUGCGGCGGUCGCUCCGGCAGCGGGGCGGCCCCCUCUACUACAGCGCCCGCGCGCGCAUGAGGGACGUGAGGAACUGGGCGGACGUCGUGAGCCGCAGGAUGGCCGGAAGGAGCUCGACGCCGCUCGCGACGCCCGCGCGCCCGCGACUGCAGCCGACGGUGGUCGUGGCACACGGGCGGCCAUCGCCGAGGCCUGCCAGGAAUAGCCCCCGGGUACGAGCGGCUCGCAGGGUGGCGUUCGCGGCCCACACGUUACGAUGGGAGGCCGCCAGUGGGCUCGCGGCCUUGUUGGAGUGCGGAGCUUCCGCGGGAAGUAGUGCGGCAGCGGCGGUGGUGCGGGCGUGUGCGGCAGUCUUGGCCAUGGCAGACGCCAGGCUCCAGCAGCUGCGGCGCUCGAUCAGCUCCUGGAGCCUUUCGACCGUUAAAAAACCCAAGAUCAACAUCCCGAAAUUAAAGACGCCCAAACUGAAAAUCUUCAGCGGCCGCAAAAGGAACAGAGUCGAGGGCAAGGACGAUGCAGCAGCCGUAGAGGCCGUGAAGGCAGCCCUCCUCAGCGCAGAGGGGGACGACGACGCGAGGCAGGGAAAGGCAGCAGACGGCGAGGGAGAAGGAAGGGUGAUCCACGAGCCCUUGGGUAAGGAAGGGGAGGACCAACCGACGAUCGUCCUCACGGUACACGAUCACCCGAGAGCCCCCGACCCCCCGAAGCCUCCUCCGAGCCCGGGCUUACUUGAUCCAAACGAUGACAUAGAAUACAUCGACUCCGACGAAGGGGAGGCAGAGACCCAGGCGCCCCGGGGGAAGGGCGCGGACGUGGACUACAGCGACCAGUGGUACGACGCCAGAGGAACUCUCACGCGCUCCCGAGAGAACCUCAACCGAACUAACGACGACUACGAAGAGUGUGUCGCGAGCACCUACUACGACGCAGCCGACGGAGCUGAUCCUCCUCUCGAACAGAAGAAAGUGGUCGCAGCCGAAGCCAAGGCCAGCAAGGGGUCCCAGAAGGCGAAGGAGUGGGUUCAGAGCUUCAAUGAGGACACGGAGCGGAGGGUUCGCCGGUGGAUGGAAAUGCAGAAAGAGAAGGACCCUUCGUCGAUGCCAAAGAGCAAAUCGGAGAUACGCCUUGAUAAACUAGAUGAACCGUCUGGCAAAUGGGCUGGGAGGAACGAGAUUCAGCUGAACGCCACAGAGGAUGACUACAUUCUUGGGGAAAUUAGCGCUCGUGAUGACAAAUCCGACAAUAAAAAGCAAGAUGGCAAGACCGAAAAGAAUGAGGUGGCUCGUCGAGAAAGUCUGAAGAAGAUAUUCCAGGUUCGAGGGAAGUUGUCCAUCAAGCCUAUCGUCGACUCGCAAAGACCCACAUACACAGAUACCGACAUAUACAUAGCUUCAACCCCAUAUGCUCUGGCCAACCCGCCGAGACCUCAGGACCGUAAACUCCUACCCGGAGAUUCUCUGGACGUAUCUGACGACGGCAUCCACUGCACGUCCAUCGACCUUGAUCCUGCAGUGGAAUUAGGUGGAGAUUCCUCCAAGACCUCGACGCAUGCGCACACGGAGAGCCAAAAACCGAAGACAACGGCCAGGAGAAAAUUAGAUCUCGAGGUUGGUACCAGAUCGGAUAAUAUUCCAGACAUUAUCAUCGAUUCCCCAGAAAUUGAUGAGAACAGACAGGAUCUGACGAUUCUUGGACCUCCACAAAUGAUCAUGGGAACAGAUGUGUCAACGAUAAAAGACGAAUCAAGUGUUCCUGAACAAUCAACAGAGGCAGGUGAGGACUCCACUUUGCAGGACGUAACUUGGACAGAAGACUCCAUUGCUGCCGACACGAACAAAGAGGCCUAUUUGGAAUUCCAGAUGGAAACAGCUGACACGAUGUUCGAAGAGGCAGAUACAGAUCGUAGUAACACUUUAACACUAGAACAGGAUUCUCCUUCUAACUGCAAAAAACCUGAAAGAAAGAAAAGGAAAAUUCCUGGAAGCGGUAUCCAUAAGUCCAUCAAGAACUUUGCCGGAUCAUUUUUCAACCAGGACGCAAAUGUCGAAAGUGAAUCCGACAAGAAAAAGAAGAAAGGAAGACUCAGUCCCUUUGCCAAAGACCAUCUUGCAAAAACUCCGUCCGCAGCGACUGACGACAAAAAAGGGUCAGGUAUCAACGGAGACCAGUCCGAUAAAACGAUAAAGUCACAGAAGAGCGUAGCUAAAGAAUCGUUGCCUGACGUCUUACUCACAUCCGAAACGGCCACCCCGGGAUCCGCAAAACCGCACAAGGUCUCCACGGAAAGCCUUGAGUAUAUCUCCCCCAUCGAAUCAGACGAACAAAAAUCCGUUUCUUCCCGGUCUUCGCAAGACAUCGGUAACCCAUUCCUCGACGACGGGGAACUGAAUUUCAGGAAAGAGGCUUUGCUAGCUAUCAAGGCGCAGGAAAACGACGACGUAUCGACUCAGUAUUAUAGUUUUCUUACUGCCGACGACGGGUAUCAGCCGACUUCGAGGGAGACAGAAACAUCAACGCCGUCCCCGGAAAAUGUCGUGCCGCAAAUACCACACAUGCCAGACUCGCACACUUCGUCCCUUACUUCGAGUUCUACCGUCACUGGGAAAGUUACGGCCACGCCUAGCCGUGAUGCUGCCAAGGGAACAACAGAUGCCCAGCAGAUUCACAGACUCUCAGGGUACAAUUCAUUCACCGAGCAGUCCUCCAAGACAUCGCAACCCUUGAGCCCAGAAGAGAGAAUACCCAAACCCCAAACUCUGACGCUGGGCACAAACCAGGAGACAUCGCUGCAAAGUACUCAGGAGACUCCCCAGCCUCCCAAGCCAAGCCCCAGGACCAAGAAGGGGCGCUACGGCUAUUCAACCGGAGCUUCCACACCGACGACUCCGACGGGGAGCAUCACAACAAAUGUUUCGACAGGACCUCAAGUGACCCGUGCGGACGCAGGGGUCACGAAGCCACAAGAUUCUCAGAGCACUGCAAGCACGCCUGUGGUGACCACCGAGUCCGAUGAAAAAACUUUUAUGGCCACCUUCCCGAGGCGCAAGGUUCCAAGUCGCCAGCCAGGUGCAGCCGAGGUCGAGAGGACGUCGUCUGACUCUGGGUACGCGGGGCCCGGAAGCACCUACUACACCGGUACCGAAGAGCCGCUUUAUUGGGAAAUCAGCGAGACAAAGGGCGCCCCGCCACGCCCGAGUCCCCGUGCCAAGAAGGGUCGACGCGCACCGAGCGAACCAGCGCUGAAUGUGGCGACCUCUCCCAAAAAGCCCGAAGCCCCUGCCCCGCCCCAGCCCAAGCAUCCUCCUGAUUGGAUUCAGGUUCGAGCCCCGAUCCCGACGCCUCGAAAGAAGCAGCGCUCCCUCCAGUCCCUGCCCACCGUGGUGCCAGACGACGACACGAUUGAGACGGUUAAAAAAAAACUUCAAUUGAUGUCGAGCGUCCCCCUCCAGGGCUCCCGCCUGCCCGAGCCACCGGCGCCAAAGAAAGAAGAGCAGUUCUAUAGUGGAAAAGCAGCUUCGAUAUCCUAUGGCUUUAGCACAGGGAACGUCGCCCCGCCAUCUCCUCCGGUGAGGCCCAGGAAAGCUUCCCAAAUGUCCUUACCGGGGGCCAUGGCGGCAGAAGAGAGGCUCAGCAGGCAGCAGAAGCGGUCGUCGCUGUACACGGAAGGCUCGGCGCAGUGGUCUCGGGGCUCGCGACCGCCUUCCGUGAGAAAGACGCAGCGACGAAGCGAAUCUUUAAAAGGAACAAGAGGAUCGACCGUAAAGCCUUGUGUGCAGCGUCUCGGGGCGGCUGUGAUACGACUGCACGACUUGCUCUUAGCAGUGGGUCUUGGUCCAGGGAAUUCCAGCCAAGAGAAGGUAACCCGUGUGUUCAUAGUGGCUGUUGCACCGUCUCUAUUUCUCGUCCACGUCUGUGAGCUUUAACGAGUAUCUAAUGUA